AUGAUUUUAUUAAAAUUAUAUUCUCCUCAAGRUCUAUUGACUGUUUCAAUGUGCCAUAUACUUCUUAAUAACCUGGGACAUGCCACCGCACGUUCCAACAUUGAAAUUUGGCGUGCUUCUAUUCUUCUACGAAACAUCAAUCCACCACGACUCUGCAACGGUACCAACUACCAGGAUUUCAGAAAAAAGUUGAUGAACAACAUUAUCCAAGUUGAAAUUUUAAAUAGAAAGCUUAAAGGCGAAGAUGUACUGUUGCCAUGCAUCCCAAUGAUUCCAACAGAUAUGCCUUUUGAAUUCAAACGUUUGCAGUUUCCAGUGCGACUCGCCUUUGCAAUGAUCAUUAACAAAGCACAAGGACAAUUGCUGCAAGAGUGUGGACGGAAUUUGGAAAAUCCAUGCUUCUCACAUGGAMAGCUGUAUGAGGCAUACUCAUACGUCUGGAAAUCUUCUGAUUUAUUUGUGUGCGCACCAAAAGGAUGA